UAAAUUAAGGCCAGCUGCAAGGCCAGAAAGGUGUGUCUGGCAACUUAGAAUAGUCAGCUGGGCCUGGCAGGAGCACUAGUUGAUCUCCGGCUGAGAGGGAAAGAAGUCAGAGGACCAGCUACAAGUAAUCAUUGCUCUGUGGCUCAGGGGAUAUAACAGCUCAUAUUCAUCAUGGAGGACAAAUUCUGCUUCGCCAUAGACCGAGGGGGAACCUUCACUGACGUGUAUGCCCGCUGUCCUGGCGGCAAAAUACGGGUACUGAAAUUGCUGUCAGAAGACCCCAGUAACUAUGCAGACGCCCCCACCGAGGGAAUCAGACGCAUUAUUGAGCAGGAGACUGGAAAAAGUUCACCUAAAACAAAACCAGUGGAUACUAGCAACAUUGGAUGGAUUCGCAUGGGAACAACAGUGGCUACAAAUGCACUUUUGGAAAGAAAAGGAGAGAGAAUGGCAUUGGCAAUAACUGAAGGUUUUAGGGACCUUCUGCACAUUGGCAAUCAAGCUCGACCAAAUAUAUUUGAUUUGAAAAUAUUAUGCCCUGACAUUUUGUAUGAAGAAGUAGUAGAAGUGAGGGAGCGUGUCCUUCCCCGGCAGGAUGCCUCCUCUGCAGAAAUUACUGCAGAGCAGUGGAAGGUGAAACAAGGUUCGACAGGAGAAGAGCUCUUGGUGAUGAAAGAAGUUGAUGAGGUUAAGCUUAGACAUGAUUUGAAACAAAUUUUAAAGAAGGGCAUUACAUCACUAGCUGUUGUACUUCUCCACUCCUACAUGUAUAAGGCUCAUGAGGAAAAAGUUGGAGCCAUUGCUAUCGAAAUGGGAUUCAGUCAUGUCUCCCUCUCCUCACUUGUCAUCCCUAUGGUGAAGGCUGUUCCUCGUGGCUUCACUGCAAGCUCUGAUGCUUACCUCACUCCUCACAUCAAGGCUUAUCUUAAGGGAUUUGCUUCAGGGUUCAAAAAUAAUCUGAAAAAUGCAAAUGUGCUCUUCAUGCAGAGUGAUGGUGGACUUACCCAGAUGAGCAGAUUCAGUGGCUCUCGAGCUAUUCUGUCUGGUCCAGCUGGUGGUGUUGUUGGUUAUGCCAUGACUAGCUAUAAACAACUUGGGUGUCAGCCAGUCAUUGGAUUUGACAUGGGAGGCACAUCAACAGAUGUGUCUCGCUAUGCUGGUGAAUAUGAACAUGUAUUUGAGAGCACAACAGCUGGUGUUACCAUUCAAGCCCCACAGCUUGAUGUAAACACUGUUGCUGCUGGUGGUGGAUCACGGCUUUUCUUCCGCUCCGGAAUGUUUGUUGUGGGCCCAGAUUCUGCAGGUGCUCACCCAGGUCCAGUUUGCUAUAGAAAAGGAGGGCCACUUGCUGUAACUGAUGCCAAUUUGGUAUUAGGUAGACUCUUACCUGACUACUUUCCAAAGAUAUUUGGCCCGAAUGAAAAUGAACCUCUUGAUAAAAAACAAACCCUGGAAGCUUUCAAGCAAGUUACUAAAGAGGUAAAUGCCUUCAAUUCAAAUGUCAAUAAAGAAAUCAGUAUUGAAGAGGUAGCUAUGGGGUUCAUUCGUGUGGCCAAUGAAGCAAUGUGUCGACCCAUCAGAGCACUUACCCAGGCUAAAGGUCAUGACACAUCACAGCAUGUCCUGGCUGUGUUUGGUGGAGCAGGAGGACAGCAUGCUUGUGCUGUGGCUCGGGCACUGGGCAUGCAGACAGUCAUCAUUCACAAGUAUGCUGGUAUUCUCUCUGCAUAUGGAAUGGCCCUUGCAGAUGUUGUACAUGAGGCACAAGAACCAUGUUCCAAAGUGUAUGAGCCAGAAAAUUUCUCAUAUUUGGACUGUCGACUUGAGACUUUGGAAGAAGAAUGUAAAACAUCCUUAAGGAACCAAGGAUUUUCUUCAAGAGACAUUGUGUGUAAAGCUUAUUUGAAUCUUCGUUAUCAAGGGACAGACUGUGCCUUGAUGUGCUCAGGUGUGAAAACAUCAACUCUUCAGAAGAGCAAAGUAUGUUCAUAUGGUGAUUUUGAGCAAGCUUUCAUAGAAAGGUACAAGAGAGAGUUUGGCUUUAUAAUUGAAAACCGACACAUUAUUGUUGAUGACAUCAGAGUUCGGGGGAUAGGAAAGUCAGUCAUUGCAGAGGAAGAAGCAAUACCACAGUGUGAAGGAGAGCCCAUUGCAGAAAUGGUAACAAGUGUAUAUUUUGAGGAGGGUUGGUUAGAUACCAAAGUCUAUAUGCUGGCUUCUUUGAGUGCUGGUCAUUGCAUUGCUGGACCAGCAAUCAUCAUGGACAAGCUUUCUACAAUUUUAAUUGAACCAGAUUGCAUAGGAAGCAUCACAGCUAAGGGUGAUAUACUGAUAAGAAUUGAGAAAGCUAAAAAAAAGAAGAUCAGCACAGAAGUUGAUGCAAUCCAGCUUUCCAUUUUCUCCCACAGGUUUAUGAGUUUAGCUGAACAAAUGGGGAGAAUUCUACAGAGAACCUCAAUUUCAACUAACAUCAAGGAGAGACUAGACUUUUCUUGUGCUCUCUUUGGUCCUGAUGGUGGGCUAGUGUCUAAUGCUCCACACAUUCCUGUUCAUCUUGGAGCCAUGCAAGAGACUGUCCAGUAUCAGCUGAAGGUCUUGGGGAAUGAAAUUAAGGAUGGAGAUGUUCUGCUGUCUAAUCACCCAUCAGCAGGUGGCUCACAUUUGCCUGAUCUGACUGUUAUUACCCCAGUGUUUUACAGGAAUGAGAAGCAUCCAGUAUUCUAUGUUGCUAGCCGAGGUCACCAUGCAGACAUUGGUGGCAUUACACCUGGAUCCAUGCCACCCCACUCCACCUCCAUCCACGAAGAAGGGGCAGUGUUUCUCUCAUUCAAAUUGGUUGAUCAAGGAGUCUUCCAGGAAGAAAAAUUGAAAGAAGCACUCAUGGCUCCAGGGAAAAUCCCUGGAUCUUCAGGAACUCGUAACCUGAGAGACAAUCUCUCUGACCUGCGUGCUCAAGUUGCUGCAAAUCACAAGGGGAUCCAGCUUGUAAAUGAGCUGAUUGACUUCUAUAGUUUAGAUGUGGUUCAAGCCUACAUGAGCCACAUUCAAAAGAGUGCUGAGUAUGCUGUGCGAGACCUCUUAAAAGAUGUGGGAAACCGUGUCUACAAAAUAACUGGUGCUUCAUCUCUGCAUGCAAUUGACCACAUGGAUGAUGGCUCACCCAUAGAACUGACUGUGGACAUUAAUGUCAAGGAUGGAACAGCUGUUUUUGAUUUUGGAGGCACAGGAUCUGAGGUAUGGGGAAAUUGCAAUGCACCUAGAGCUAUCACUGUCUCGGCUAUCAUCUACUGCCUACGAGCAAUGGUUGCCCAUGAUAUACCACUCAAUCAGGGUUGCUUGAAGCCAGUAUCCAUCAAAAUCCCUCAAGGGUGCAUACUGGAUCCCUCACUGGAUGCAGCAGUUGUUGGUGGAAAUGUGCAGACAUCUCAAAGAGUGGUGGAUGUCAUCCUGAAGGCAUUUGGGGCCAGUGCUGCCUCUCAGGGAUGCAUGAAUAAUAUUACCUUUGGAGACGAUACUGUUGGAUAUUAUGAGACGGUUGCAGGAGGGGCUGGAGCUGGUCCAGACUGGCAUGGCCGAAGUGGGAUCCAUGUGCACAUGACCAACACUCGCAUAACCGAUCCAGAGAUCCUAGAAUGCCGCUAUCCUGUUUUCCUCAACAGAUUUACUCUUAACAAAAACACAGGAGGCAUUGGAAAGUUCAGAGGUGGUGAUGGUGUGGUGCGAGAGCUUGUAUUCCGACGUCCUCUGACACUUUCCAUUCUCACUGAAAGAAGAGUCUUUGCUCCCUAUGGUCUUGAAGGUGGUGAAGAUGGUAAGAAGGGGAAUAACUUUUUGGUAAGGAAGUGUGGACGCAAGAUACGCCUCCCCUCUAAGUCAUCAGUGAAUGUGCAGAAAGGUGACAUGUUUCAACUGCUGACUCCAGGAGGAGGAGGAUAUGGACAUGUGGAAGAUGACACAGAUGACAUCUACAGAGAGCCACCUGAGAAGAGAACAAGAUACAUUCAACGAGGGAGUGUGUUUGAAUUUAAACAAGCUCAAGAAAGUGUAUAAAUUAUGUGAGUCUCUCUGACUCCAGAGGAAGAGGAUCUACAUGUAAAAGUGUGGAAGAUGACACACAUGGCCCUCAAUCUGAGAAAAAAUAAGACGCAUUCUUUGAAUUUAAACAAGUUAAAAAAUUGUAUAGAUUAUGAGAGCCAAGUUCUCUUCCUCUGACUGUGUUACAAGGAGCAAUGCCAACUAUCCCAAAAUGGAACUACUAUUGUAAUCAGUAACAUCAUUUUCUUAGUAUCUUAAAGCCACUUAUGUGAACAUAACUGCUUUGUGCUUGCCUGUAACAUUCAUAAAUCAUAGUUGUGUAUACCUCUUCAGCCACACUGCUGCCAUCUUCAUCUUUGGUAAAUAUCAGAUAUUUGCAUAUAUUGCUGGUAAUACUGAUUAUUAAUUUUAUCAAAAUAUUUCACACAAGAAAUUUCCAUUAUUGGUAGCCAGUGUGCUAAAGUUAUCUGAUACUUACCAAAUAAGACAGAGAUGUCAGCAAUGUGGCUGAAAAUAUAAACUGUAGUCUUUGAAUAUUAGCAGUGCACACGGUAAAAAAUGGAACAGAUUAUACUUAUCAGUUUCACUUCAGGAUGGUUGGAACUUGAUCCCUUGUUAGAGGUAGCUACACCUCCACAGUAAGUCAUAAAAUGAAUGAACUAUACUACAAAAUUUUUGUUACUCUACCUGUUAAUUUUAUCAAUGAAGUUUAUCUGUUAUAAUCAAUAUGAAGUUUAUCUGUUAUAAUCAGUAUGAAUUUUAUCAUUGUUAUUACUUACUUAUAUUGACCAUACAUGAGAUAACAUUCAUCCAUGUCAUUAACAUCCAUUUCAGACACUGAGGCAUAAUUUUUUUGCAAAUAACAUCUUAACACACAGUUUGGUCAGUAUGACAUUUCGGCACAGCUUGUUUGACACUGUCCCCUAAUUCACUGCCAAGGCUUUGAAAGCAGAGCUGGCAAGAACAAAGUAGACAUUCAGACAAAGAAAGGUUUUAUGUGAUGUACUUGUGACAUGUAAAAGGGAUAUUGAGUAGGAGGGAGGGAGUGGAAGGAGAGGUGGUGGAGUGAUAUAUAUGUUACAACUGUCACAUAAAACCUUCCGCUGUCCAAAUAUCUGCUUGGUUCUUGCCAGCAUCACCUCCAAAAACCAAAAGUAAAUUUCUUAAUAAGAUGCACUUGGCAAUGCACUGUAGUGCAAUAAACAAUCAUUGUAGUGCAAUAAACAAUCUGUGCCAAAAUGUCAUAUUGCAACUUUCUUUAAAAGAUAUUUGUGAAAAACAAUUCCUCAUAGGGUCUGAAAUGGAGAUAGUAGGAAUCACAGGCAAAAUUGUGGUAGUCAUGCUACAUGAGGAAACACGAGUCAGACAAAAUUGUAGCAGUUUUGCUACACAAGGACAAGUCAGAACUUUAGUAGUUUUGCUACAUGAAGACACAUGAACUCAUUAACUGACUGCCCUUCCAGUGUUUUAAACAUGUAGCAAGUUAUCCUUAGAUUUCUUUUAAUUUUAAUUUAAACAAAUAAAAUGUUUUACAAAA